GGCAAGGAGGUCACGCCUACCUGCAAGAAUGGCUUUGGUGGGCAGGGCUGCUGUGCAUGGGUGUUGGAGAAGCAGCAAAUUUUGCUGCCUAUGCCUUUGCCCCUGCAACGCUGGUAACUCCACUGGGUGCUCUAAGUGUCCUUGUUAGUGCAGUUCUGUCUUCCACCUUCCUGAAUGAGCAGCUGAAUGUUCAUGGGAAGAUUGGCUGCAUCCUGAGUAUCCUGGGCUCCACGGUGAUGGUGAUCCAUGCUCCGCAGGAAGAAGAGGUUUCCAGCCUGGAGUCAAUGGCAGAGAAGCUGAAAGAUCCAGGAUUCAUUGUAUUUGCUGUGUGUGUCCUGGUGAGCUCCCUUCUGCUUAUCUUUGUGGCUGGACCCCGUUACGGACAGAGCAACGUCCUGGUUUAUGUUUUGGUCUGCUCUGCCAUUGGCUCGCUUUCUGUGUCCUGUGUCAAAGGCUUGGGGAUUGCCCUGAAAGAACUGUUUUCUGGGAAGCCAGUCCUGAAAGAACCACUGGGCUGGGUGCUCCUGGUAUGCUUGGUGAUCUGCAUCAGCGUCCAGAUCAACUAUCUGAACAAAGCCCUGGACAUCUUCAACACAUCUGUGGUCACACCUGUCUACUACGUGCUGUUCACCACAGCAGUCAUGAUGUGCUCUGCCAUUCUCUUCAAGGAGUGGCAACACAUGGUGCUAGACAACAUCAUCGGUACCAUCAGCGGCUUCCUCACCAUCGUGUCUGGCAUUUUCCUCCUGCAUGCCUUCAGGGACAUGCCCUUCACCCCUGACCUCCUGCCCCUCUUCCUGCAGCAAGGCAGGGCAGACCUUCAUGCCUCGUGGAGGAGUGCAGACAGGCAUCAGUCAUGUCAGCACCAGCCUCUUCUGCCCUCAGAGGACAAAGGCUCUCAGAGUGCAGAGGAGGAAGGCGAAAGCGUGUGA